AUGGAAGACGAUCAUGAGCGUAUUGUUGAUGUUACCGCUCUUAAUUUCAAUGGUAUAAUCUCUGUGAUGGAUCCACGCAGAAGUUGGGGAGCAAGGUGGUUAAGAAUUGGGAAGUUUGCUCCUGGUUGCUACACUCUUGCUGUCUCAGAGGCACUCCCAGAGGAAAUGCAGCGUCAAGAAGAGUGA